AUGGCGUCUGGCUGCGGGGAGGAGGAGGGGACCGCGGAGGCCGUCUCAUGGAGACUCAUCGGCCCGGCCUCGGAGCUCUCCAAGAAGCGCUGCCGUCUCAUGUACUCCCCCCUCGGCCGUGACUCUGACGUGGGCCUGUUCUGUGUGAAGGGGGAGUUCUUCGCCAUGGAUGCUCGCUGCUCACACUCCGGUGGUCCUCUGUGUGACGGGGACAUCGAGGAGGCUGACGGGGUCCUGCAGGUUUUCUGUCCGUGGCAUGACUACGACUUUGACCUCAGGACUGGCAAGUCAGGCACCUCCUUACAGCAACAAGUGUAUGAAGUCAAACUGGAGGACGGCAACGUGUACGUGAAACACGCCAGUCCUCUCUCCCUGCUGCCUUUCCCCGCAGAUCCCAAAAGCUAAACAACCUCAGCCGCAGCUGCUUCAUCCUUCAGACCAUCGAACCGCUUCUGCUUUGAUUGCCGUGAACUCAGGACGCUAUCGGCGAGACUGUCUGAAGAGGACAUGACUUCAUUCAAUAGUCUCAAGAGUUUUCGUUACUGGAUUUUCCAGGUAUAGUCUCAUCACAGACACUGAGCGUGAGGGGCAGUGACCUCACCACUCACCUUGAAAACAAACAGUCACAAAAAUGAAACAUAAAUACACAACAUUUGACUUUUCUCCACAGAUGUUAUUGAACCACCAUAUUUUAUAAUUGGCUGAAUAAAAAAACGAUUUGUCUCACUUAAUUAUUUCCUACAUUUUUUAAAGGCUUUUUGACAAGGAUAUUAUUUCACCGAUACAAAUAUUACAGUAUGAAUAUAUUUAUAUGUUAUAUGUCACAAUUGUGCGAGCAAUCACGUGUUUAGUUGAAACCCACUCAUCUUGCAGAGAGAUUUUGAAAGCAGUUGAUCUCAGUUCUCAAACUCUCUACUUGUCCAAAAUCUUUGCAAAAUCAUACUUGCAAAGUGAUACAUUUCCAUGCAGCCAGAAAUGAAGCAUUUUCUUUUAUCUGUGUUAUUAGAUGCAAAGGGAGUCAGUACAAUACACAGUAUGCAUACAGUCUGUUGUUAUGUAAAUGCAAUUGAAAAAAACAAUAUGAACGAAAUACAAAGUAGAGCAAUAAAAUCUGAUGAAUGCGGUGUUGAUGUCUUAAAAAGAUGUGCAGAUGCAAAUGAUCACUGUGUUAUGUGUUACAAAGGUAGGAGCUGUAAAUAUUGGAAUAUAUAAACAUAAUUUGCAAUGGAGGAAUUUGUAUGUAACUCUGAAAUAAUAUAACAACAUUUUCUUUCCACUUCUACCAAACUCAACCGUCACUCGUUCAUACUGGGUUUGGUCAAACCUCACAGACACAGUCCCUGGGCUGAGUUGGGGCCUUUGGAUACAUUUCGAAAUUUAUUCCACUGACGUCUUGCAACAGCAGCUCUUUCAGAAUUCGAGUUGUUUAACCCAAAUAGAGUUCCAGCAAGUCAAACACACAUGAAGGGCACAGCAAUUAUGCCUGGUAGCAGCUCCGGUGUUAAGAUGUCUCCAUCAGCCAUUUCCCUCCACGUCUGGCCCGUUCACAGACAGGUUUGUCUGUUACUGACGCAAUGGGAUUUAGAAGAAACGGUUAGCGAGGCGCCAGAGGAAGGUUCAUGACCUGAAAUGCACCAUUGCCUCGAGAGAAAUGUGUUUUUCUAGCUUGAUGUGUGUGUCUGUGGGCACUGAUGCGAGUGUGUUUUCGUUAUUCCUCCGUGGUGAGAACAGUCACUCACUAUGUUUUUUUGUCAGGAACACUGAGCCCAGUCGAGAAGGUGUCAGUGUGGCGCGACACUCGUUUUCCUCCCUGUCAUGUUCCCUGCUGUGCAUUUUUAUUACAAUAAUAACUCAGCUGCCUGAAAAUGUGCUGCAGAGGUCUUGGUGUGCAUUAUAACUCAUCACCUGGAGGGCGAAGGGAAUACACGCUGGAGAUGCAACUAUUUUCAUUAUCAGUAGAAGGACAAAGUAAGUACUGUGCAGGAUUCUGCAAAAGCCAGGAGAAUUACGUAUAUACAUUUUGACAUAACAAUCCAUACGUGUCACUGAGGAAACCAGCAUUCAUGUCAGACUUUUACUAAAUGUUUCCAUAAUUAUUUUCACAUGUACAGAUAAUUUUGAUAUGUUUCUUCCUUGUUACUUGUGUGAACUAUGUAUCUUGCCAGUAUGUCAAAAAAAUAUCUGCAGACUAUAUACACCAACAACUGUGGCACAUUUGAUCAGUGGACACAAGACUGUGUUCAUUGUGUUCUGUUUUUAUGUAUUAUUUAAAAUCACAAAUUAAAUUAUUCUGUUAUCAA